ACAAUAGAUUGAUAGAGCAGGGACCGUUUGAAAGUCACUUGUCAACGGAAGGGCGCCAGUGGAUCCGUCAGUGACACGCUUAUACUCAAACCCAUCCUCCUCGAAUCUACGCGCGUGUUCAAAAACGGUCAGGAAACACACUUGCUGCUGAUUACGCACGCAGGUAUACAAAUCCUUACAUUGAGAAGACGUGCAUCAAGUCGCCAUCUCCCCCAGUCAUGGCCACAAUCACGACAACGGCUUCCGCCACCCCCACGGCCUCGGCCUCAACGUCCGCCAUCGAGCUCCGCCCCCUCCCCCUCCAAAUCUCUCACAAACCGUACCCCGUCCCGCCAACCCAGCCGGCCGAAGACAGCAGCGACCCGAUCCUCCGCGCUUCGCGCGAAGCCGACUCGGCCGUGCCCGAGGGCGGCUACGGCUGGGUCGUCGUCACGGGCUGCUUCGUCAUCGCCUGGUGGAUUAUCGGCACCCCUUACUCGUGGGGCGUCAUCCAGAGCGCUCUCAUCGACGACGGCCUCGCCACCCCUGCCGUGCUCUCCUUCGUCGGCUCCCUCGCCACCGCCCUCAUCUCGGCUCUGGCCAUCUUCAACUCGCGCGUCAUGAGACGCAUCGGCCCGCGCAGGACAGGGCUUCUGGGAAUCGCAUUGCUGGGCUUGAGCGAACUACUCAGCAGCUUCGCCGUGAGGAACGUCGGCGCCAUGUUUGCCACGAGCGGCGUCAUGAUGGGCCUGGGGAUUGGCUUGUGCUUCUCGAUCGUCUCUGUGAUUCCAGCACAGUACUUCAGCCGCAAGCGAGGUCUGGCCAACGGCAUCGUGUUCGCCGGUGGUGGCCUGGGCGGCGCCGUCAACAGCUUCGCCUUGGAUGCCCUGCUCAGCCGCGUCGGCUCGGCGUGGGCCUACCGCGUUUUGGCCCUCGUCACCCUGGCCACGGGUCUACCCGCCGCAUGGCUUAUCAAAGAGCGCGUUCCUAUUCGGGGCUCCGGCUUCGUUGAGUGGCGCCUCUUCAAGUCCUUCACAUUCCUAGUCGUCUUCCUGGCCGGCGCAGUCGGCACGUUUCCGCUCUUCGUCCCGCCCUUCUUCCUUCCCCUGUACUCCAAAUCCAUUGGCCUCUCCUCCUCGACGGGCGCGGGCCUUGUCGCAGGCUUCAACUUCUCCUCGGCUAUCGGCCGCAUCUGCUGCGGCGCGCUCUGUGACAAGCUGGGCGCGCUCAACGUGCUUUGCGCCUCGCUGACGCUGUCGGCCGUCAGCAUGCUGGCCAUCUGGCCCGUGUCGACGACGCUGGGGCCCAUGAUCGUCUUCGUUAUUGUCAACGGCAUCUCCAAUGGCGGUUUCUUCUCGACCAUGCCCACCGUCGUCGGAAACGUGUUUGGGUCUGCGAGGGUGUCCGUCGCGAUGAGCAUGAUCGUGACGGGCUGGGCCGGGGGUUAUCUCAUGGGCGCCCCCAUUGCUGGCUAUCUUCUCGAGGCAUACGGAGGCGCGGAAAACGGCCUGCAGGCGUACCGCCCUGCAAUGUUCUACGCCGGUUCGUUAUCACUGGCAGCAGCAGGCCUUGUCGCACUGGUUAGGUUCCGGAUAAACCACAGCAUUCUAGCGAGGGUUUAAGACCUGAGACUCGCGCGGCAAUGGCGCAAAGCGUAGAGUAAGUGGUCGAGCAUGAGACAGUUGGUUAAAAGCGUCUAUACACUUCUCCAAGCUGCCAUGAUCCUGCCGCUAUUUGCAAACAUUCAAUCCACGCCCAACCUCUCCUUCUCCCUAUCCCUAUCUUCAGUCCCACCUCUAGUUCUGCCUGUGAUCCCAUCCCAAGCCAAUGACCAUGCUCUAUAAGAGCUCUUCCCCUCCCCCGAUGUUUUAGGAGAUGGUGGCAGCACACUGGGAGAUGAGGUAAAGGGAAAAGACAGAGCCCCGCUAGGUAUAUUUAAGAGGUAAUCUCUGGGAGCUGGUGCUCAGCCAUGCAAGACAUUGAAAGAAAAGAAAAGCCGGAUGAAUUGUAUAUAUUAACACCGUAGACCGGCCGGCGGGGUCGCAAGGCAAAGGGAAAGCCCGACCGCAAUGUAACGGCAAUUCAAGUUUAGAGACUUGCUUAAAGCUGUUUGUCUAUCAUCCUUCUCAGAUUCACGAUCUCCUGCCAGCCUGCCAGCAAGCAUCCGUGAACUUUUGCGGCACGUUGGCCCCCCGUUCGGUAAGCUUGCUUACCCCCGCAGAAUCCAUCACCAUGCAGAGGCAUCAUGUCUCAUGCAAU